AUGAGCAGCCGACCCUUUAACGCGUCUUGGCAACCGCCAUCUCGCGACAUCAUCAUCGUUGACAACGGCGGAAAGGGGCAUCAUGUCGCUGUACAGCGACGCCCUGUCGAAGGCGCCGUGGGCUUCGAAAACAUCUGGAGGAAGACCGUACCUCUUUAUCUCGAGACUGUGUACUUCGAGGCUCUGACGACGACUGGUCUCACUUCUCGUCACGGAGAGGUGGUCACACGCCUGAACGACUUCGAUGCGCCGCAGCCGGGCACACUGACACUGGAGGAGGAGCAGAAGCAGAUCGACGAAACGUUGGCAAGCUUGGAAGAUUUGUUUGAUGGAGGCAACUCUCUAGCAGGAGCAAAACUGUCGGCCGAACGUGACGACUACUACGAUUUGGUCAUAGUUCUAAGGUCACCAAAGCUCAACUGGCAGUUCAAUCUGACUGAACUGCGCGGACGAGUGCCGUUGACCUUCCUCACAAAACAGUUGCUGGCUCCGUUCGCGGUUCUGAUAGGAGAAGACCGUGGCGUCCAGGGAGAGCCGGUUGAAGCCGUCAGCACCAUUGUUUCUGACCCGGGUGUGGUCCGUGCGUGGCGCCGCAUCAUCGGUGCUCCUGUUUCCACCAGUCAGCCAUCGCGAGCGGCCACGCAGAGCAGGCAGACAAGCGCUGCGCCCGGCAGCCCAUUCAAGCAGCCGGCAACGCCGACGCCGAGGCGGGCCUCGCCUACUCGAAACGCAUCACCAGAUGCGACGCCGCGACCAGUCACGCCGGUGCGUCCUGGGGCGGGCCACCACGCCAACCAGCCUCCGAUGUCGCCUACUCCGUACAAGAAGGCGUUUGUUCCCACCAUGGUGUCUUCCUCGUCUAGGCAAGGCAGCCCAAGCGAGCCCGCUACGAACGGUAGACGCAUGCGGGAGUCUGUAAUGACCGACGUCACUAUCCCGCCCAGCAGUCCGCCAGCGAUCGUCCCUAGCAGUGACUCCGCUGUGCCCUCGAGCGACAUUGCGUCGAGUGACUUGCCGUCCUCACAGAUGCCCAUGUCGACGCAGGACCCGUUAAUGCCAUCGCAGGCGGACAAGCCCAGGCGCAAGAGGAAGAAGGAUAAGGCGGCCGAGCUGGCGGAAGAGGAGGCGGAGGCGGACCGUCGUCGCGCCGAGAUGAAGAGGAAGAUGCAGGCUGGAGCGAAGAAAGGUGGCGGCCUCGGCCGCAGGCGAUUCUAA